CUGUGUUGUAUGUUCUAUGUGUUUGCAAGGCUUUCCUUUGCUUCUCAUCCUAUGACCUGGUCUAGUCAAAAUAGUUGAAAUGUAAAACAUGCAAAUUCAUUAUAAAAUUUUGUUAACCCAACACCCAUUCUUCCUCAAUUUGCUGCCCUUUCUUUCUUUACCUCACUCAAGUUUAACCAUCAUCUGUUUCCACUUUGUUAUUCUUUCCCUCUUUUUUCUUUGUGGGGGCUAUCGUUAUGAUUCUCAGCAACUCCAUCACGGAACCAUUCAUCGUCCGUGAUGCUGAAGGUCAGGCUUCCGAAGAAACAGAUCUUGAAAAGGGAACUCAAGUUCUUCAGAGCAAUUCUGACUUCGGAAUGGAUGUGUUCAAUAAGCAGAUUCAAGAGGCUGAGAUACAAGUGGAUAAGCUCUCUCGACUUCUUAUUGACUUGAAGCAGACUUUAUUGAAAGAUGCUAAUGAGGAAUCAAAAUCUGCUACAAACACAUCGGAGAUAAAGGCUUUCAAGAAUCGGAUCGAAAAGUAUAUUGAUGAUGUGGGAAAGAAUGCGUGUGAAGUUAGAGGGAAGCUGCAAGUUAUAGCCAUAGAUAACGUAUUCCAUAGGCAGAUGCCUGGGUGUGAGAAGGGAACUGCCUGUGACAGAGAAAGAAUGAACGUGACAAAUGUCUUGACUAAAAAGCUCAAGGAACUGUUGACUGAAUUUGAGGCCCUUCAUCGAACAAUUCAGAAUGAGUAUUGUGAAGUUGUGGAAAGACAAGUGAAUACAGUUACAGGUACAAGACCAGAUGAGAUGAUCAUCGAUCACCUUUUAGAAACUGGAAGCAGCAAGCAAAUAUUCCCCAUGACAUUGGAACAAACUGAAGGUGGAAAGUUUCCUCUUGAAAUACCUUUUCUCUAAUGAAGUGAUAAUGUACCUCCACAUGCUUGGUUCUUGCAUGGAAGACUAGAUUCUAAGCUAAACGAACUACAUAUAGUUUGUUGAAGUAUAAAGUUACUGCACGAUUAAUCUCUUGGUGCAAAUCCUUCAUUAGUUGCUUUAUCCAUAUAUUAUCUUGUUGCCAUGGCAACUACUCUAUACUCUGCUUUUGUGGUAGAUAAAGUAACCAUUGGUUGUCUCUUGCUACACCCAAGAAAUUGCUGCACAACCAAGUUUAAACAAGCAACUAGUAGUUGAUCGUCAUGUAUCUUGAUUUCAUGCAUAAUCAAUAUCACAUAAGUCUUCUAACUUGUGUUGCCAUGACUACUGCUCUAUAUAUACUCUGCUUCUGUGGUAGAUAAUACAACUGUUGGUUGUCUCUUGCUACACCAAGAAGCUGCUACACAACCAAGUUUAUGAUGGAAUACGAGACAUGGGUAGCGGAAUUACAGAAUCAAUUUACCUCUAAAUUAAAUUAAACUAUUAAGUAAUUAACAUGCAUAUUACUCUAAUUAAACUAAAUUAUGGUUAAAGAAAAACAUACAUUUCAUAGAUUCUUGAUUCCUCGGUAUCUCCUCACGAACAUGAACUCGGGGAUCACCACUAGAGUUUACCUGCUAUUCCCCCGACAUAGAAUCGGGUUAUGGGAUCCGAUUAGGUGAAGGAAUUAAGAGAGAUAUAUGAAAAUUGGAAGGUGGGACUUAGGGUUGAGAUUUUGGAAGAGAGAAAAAAUUAAAAUAUUUUGUAAUUCAAAAUUACUAAAAUUUGGUAGAAGUCUUUUUAAGUUUGAAAAAGAGCUUAUUUAUAACCAAAUUACAUGAAAAAAUGCAUGUAACUUUUUUAUAAAAUCUCAACACCUAACAUUUCAUUAACCAUUAGUGGAACUUAGUCACUUAUUCCACUAAGUGUUAGUGGGAUUAUCCAACAAAAUGUUGGAUUUUUCCACUAACUUUAGUCAAAGGGGAAUAUGGUCAUUUGACCAUUCAAGUCAAAGUUAAACUUUUACUUUUUCUAGUCAAAAUUCAACAUUUUGAUAUUUUACCAUUUUGUCCGUCUUGACUAAUUCCAACCUCAUAAGCAUGAAUCUGCUUUCA